CACACUUGCUCCCACCCGCAGACAUGUCUGAGUACUGAGGCGUAGAGCAUGAGAGAACUACCUGUCCUGUGCUCGUGGCUGGAGCUUUGGAGGAACAGUGCGUUUCGCAGAAGAAGAGCAGGGGGCACUUUUAUCCGGCUCAGGUCUGACGGAGUUUAAAGUAAAAGUCAGGAGGUUCAGCAGGAGACCAGAGCUAAAAAGUAGCAAGCUGAGAUGUGGGUAGAGCUGAGUUCACCUUUCAGCAAAGUGACAGAGAGCUUUUUUCUUUGCUUUCUUGUUGCAAAAACUUCUUCCGAAAAGCUACUUGCAUGUGUGUUUUCUACGUGUCGUGUGUCUUUAAGGGGACCAUGGUUAUGUUGAAGAUCUCUGCUUUCCUUGUUGCCUACGCCCUGGUCAUUUGCCAGAUGUACUGCUCACAAGCCGCCCCUGCCAGACCGGGUUUAGAGUCCAUAUCAGACCGAGUCACGCUCACGGACUACGAGGCACGAAGGUUACUCAACGCCAUUGUGAAGGAGUUUGUGCAGAUGACAGCAGAGGAGCUGGAGCAGCAGGCGACUGAAGGAAACAGCAGCGUUACAGCACAGAAGCGAGCCUGCAACACAGCGACCUGCGUGACUCAUCGCCUGGCGGACUUCCUCAGCAGGUCGGGAGGAAUGGGCAACAGCAACUUCGUCCCCACCAACGUCGGCGCCAAGGCCUUCGGCAGGCGGAGGAGAAGCGUCCAGAUGUAAGCACUCAAGAACCUUCAUGGAAAUGAGGUUGAAAAAAAAACUGAGAACAGAAACCAACAAAUACAAAAUCGAGCAGAAAAUAAACUCUGAACUGGCCCUUUAUCCACUCUCACGUUCUUAUGGAAAAAAGACACCACUGGACUUCUCGUCCCAUCUCCAUCCUGUUAGUGAAAUAUUUUGCUUUUGGCAAAUAAGAGAAGAAAAAAAAAAGAGAAAAAAAGCACUUUAGUUUAUGUACAUGAACAAAUUAACUCCUGAAGUAAAAAAAGCAUCCUUUAUGGUUCCUCUUUUUUUAUACAUGACUAUCAUUGGAAAAUAAAAUGAAAACAGCAGUGGUUAUCACCUGAUUAUUUUCCUCCUUUCACCUUGUUAGAGCACAUUUCUUC